CUUAUCAUCUCAUACUAUCUUUUUAGCCCUCAUAUAAGGAUUCUCUCUUCCAUACACAACACACGCUCUUUCUUAUUCUCUCUUUUCUCACUAACCUUGCUUUAACUCAACUCCAUAUUUUAAACAUCUACACAUUCAUCAUCGACUUAUGUAUCAAAAUUUGCAAGUUUCAUUCGUUGAUCAUAGUCCCUUCUUCCCGUCUUAGGAUCAUCUAACCUCCGCUCCUUUAGGGUUCAAUUCUGGAGCGGGUUGACUAGUGAGAGGCUUUAGUUCACUUUGCAUAGUUAGAUUGUGUGAUCACGAACAUAAGAUGCAAGGUCCUACAGAAGUAGCGUGUAACAAAGAAACAAGUGAUCAACGACAAGAAGUGAAAGUAGUAGCAAGUGUUGUUAUUACACCUUCGACUAAUCCCAACCACGUCCUUGUUGAUGAGAAACUUAGGCAUACAGGUAGCAAUAGGCAAACAUCCAUUGAGAUGGGGGCACAUGAUGCAGUAAGAUAUUCUGGUAUUGAUGAAGACCUACCUUCACCUAGGGCUGAGAAAUCUCGAAAGAUUUCGUUACUGCCUCUUAUUUUCCUCAUCUUCUAUGAGGUUUCGGGCGGUCCGUUUGGGGUGGAGGAUAGUGUUGGGGCAGCAGGACCUUUGUUAGCUCUAGCAGGAUUCUUAGUUUUUCCCUUUAUAUGGAGUGUGCCUGAGGCUUUAAUAACGGCGGAAAUGGGAACGAUGUUCCCUGAGAAUGGGGGUUAUGUGGUUUGGGUUUCAGCUGCUUUAGGGGACUUCUGGGGUUUUCAGCAAGGUUGGAUGAAGUGGCUUAGUGGUGUUAUUGAUAAUGCAUUAUAUCCCGUUUUGUUUCUUGACUACUUCAAGGCAGUAGUUCCUAUAAUUGGUCAUGGCUAUCCAAGGACGAUUGCAGUGCUCGUUUUGACUAGUGCCCUCACUUUCUUGAACUAUAGGGGUAUGACUAUUGUUGGGUGGGUUGCUGUUCUUUUGGGUGUGGUGUCCCUUCUUCCUUUUAUUGUCAUGGGAUUAUUAUCGAUCCCAAGAGUGGAGCCUUCGAGAUGGCUAGUAGUUGAUCUUCAUAAUGUCAACUGGGGUUUGUAUUUGAACACUCUCUUCUGGAAUCUGAAUUAUUGGGAUUCAGUAAGUACACUUGCUGGUGAGGUGGAGAACCCAAGGAAGACUCUUCCAAAGGCUUUGUCUUAUGCCCUAAUCUUUGUUGUGGCUGCCUAUUUCUUCCCUCUCUUAGCUGGCACUGGGGCGAUUCCUCUUGACCAGAGUCAGUGGUCUGAUGGUUAUUUUGCUGACAUUGCCAAAAUUAUUGGUGGUACAUGGUUAUGUUGGUGGAUCCAGGGCGCUGCUGCAAUGUCUAACAUGGGGAUGUUUGUUGCUGAAAUGAGCAGUGAUUCAUUCCAGCUUUUGGGGAUGGCAGAGCGAGGCAUGCUUCCUGAGAUAUUCGCAAAGAGAUCUCGUUAUGGGACCCCUUUACUUGGCAUACUGUUCUCAGCAUCGGGUGUAAUUUUGCUAUCUUGGUUGAGCUUUGAGGAGAUAGUUGCUGCUGAAAAUUUCUUGUACUGCUUUGGAAUGAUAUUGGAAUUUAUAGCAUUUGUGGUGCUGCGCAUAAAACAACCAACUGUUGCUCGACCUUACAAGAUUCCCUUUGGAACAGCUGGAGCUAUACUGAUAUGUAUUCCUCCAACCAUAUUGAUAUGUGUGGUUCUUGCUCUUGCAUCUGUUAAAGUCAUGGUUGUGAGCCUCAUUGCUGUGGCGAUUGGGCUGGUGAUGCAUCCUGCUCUCAAGUAUGUAGAGAAAAAAAGAUGGCUGAAAUUUUCAGUUAGUUCUAACCUUCCUGAUCUUGAAACAGAAGUUCAUGAUAACACUCAGUCCUUGGUUCCAUAGCAAGCUGCUAUGAAGGAAAGGCUAACCAUAUUCUAGAAAUUAAAGUUGGAUUUUGAGAAUAUAAUGGUCUUUACAGCUUUCAGGUAAUGUGUAUGUUGUAGCUUUAUCUCCACUUGUGCUUUUGCCUUGCAUUUAACUUCUGAUCGUGACUGGUUGCUGUAUAUCAUCUUGUUUUAGUAGUGAUGAUCAGAGCAAUGGCAAUUGGUUAUUCUAAAUCAGUGUUAUAGCUUUUAUCUAGUUUUAAAUUUAAAUUCAUGACUCUUUUACUCAGGCGUACUGCCUUGCCUUGUGAUUUAUCGUCUUUGAUAUUUCACUCCUCCCCCCCCCCCUCUUGCAUGGAGAAGCUAUUGUAAUGGUUUCUAUUGUCCCGAGGAGUACUUCUUACCAUUGUUGCUCGGAGAAGGCUCUUUUUGCCCGUGCAAAAGGCUUCCAAGUAGGAAAUUUCUAGUAUCAGCAAAAUACAGAAUUGGAUCCUUUGGAAUUUGGAUUACUGUUUUUUUUUUCCCUUUGCAAAAAGAGGCAAAAUUAGUCAUGGUCUAAUUCUCAUUGCAAGGAUUAGAUGCUUUCAGUUGUUUCGGAAGCCCCUCUCUGCUGUAUUAAGAAAGUUAUAGGAUUCAACAGAAAGUCUCAGUCGCGAGAGUAAAGCUUUGUACAAUUGAGCCUCUGCCCUAACUUGGUGCUUUUAAAAUCAAAGUUCAGUAGUUCUAGUUUUA